CUGUUCAAACCCCGAGGAUCUUGAUUGACAGGCUCUCCGCGAGCCUCUGUAUAAGAGGAGGGAGCAGAGAGCUGCUGCAGCCACUGUUGUGCCUCCAGUCCUCCAGACUGUGGAUGUAGUGAACCAGAGUGGACUUUACGGUUUUUACGCACGAGUUUUACAGGAGAUACAAUCUUUCAUCCAUUUAACCAUCGGCUCAGAUCAAACAAUCAAACAAGUUGCCUUUCUUCCACGAUUUGUACUUUUUUUAAUUCAUCUUUCUGCUGGAUACCUAACUGAAUUAAGGACAUUAAAGCUGCAAAGCUACAUUCGCCAGGAGAUAUGAUACUCAGGAGAAGUCUCUUCUUGCUGCUUUUAUCAUUUAAUUUCCUUCUGGCAUUAACUCAAGAUGGCGAGCAGGAGGAUGAGACAUCAUUUGACUUGUUUGAAAUCAGCCGCAUCACACGCAAGACUCUGGGGGCCAAACAGUUUAGGGGUCAAAAUUCAGAUGCUCCUGCUUACCGCUUCAUCCGUUUCGACCACCUGCCACCAGUGAGCCCCCCUAUACUAAAACAAAUCCUACGACAGAUCCAAAACAAUGAGGGCUUUGUGUUUGUGGCCAGCAUUCGCCAGGACCGCGCCUCACGGGGGACUCUUCUUGGUCUUGAGGGCCCCGAUGGCCAGCGGCAAUUUGAGAUCAUCUCCAAUGGACGGGCCAACACUCUGGACCUGGUUUACUGGGAGGACGGCUCUCAGAACCUGUUUUCAUUCGAGGAUGUUGACCUGUCUGACUCGCAGUGGAAGAAUAUCACUCUUCAUGUUAGCGGGGAGAAUGCAAACCUGUACAUCGGCUGCACCCUCAUAGACAGCUUCAUCCUGGACACUCCUUUCUACGAGCACCUGCAGCCUGAGGGCAGCCGCAUGUAUGUGGCGAAGGGAUCCAGCCGGGAAAGCCACUUCAGGGGCCUUCUGCAGAAUGUGCGUUUCAUCUUUGACACCACCAUCGAAGACGUCCUCUUGAGCAAAGACUGCCAAGUUGCAAAACCGGAUGAGGUGAAUGUUGUAAGUGAGAGCACAGAAAUCGUGGAUGUGAGCCCUUCCAUCACGACAAACAUCAUCGGUCAGAAGACAGAUGACUUGGGUGCAGAUAUGUGCGAGCGCUCCUGUGAGGAGCUCAGCACCAUGUUCCAGGAGCUUAACGGCCUUCGUGUUGUCGUCAGUAACCUUAUUGAUGGCUUACAGAAAGUGACAGAGGAGAACACGGUCAUGAAGGAGGCCCUUGGGAAGAUGAAGAACUCUAAAGAGAAAAACAUGUGCUGGCAGGACGGCCGUCUGUUUGAUGAUAAAGAAGACUGGGUUGUUGACAGCUGCACCAAGUGUACCUGCCAGGAAUCUAAGAUUGUGUGUCACCAAAUCACCUGCCCCCCUGUGGCCUGUGCCAGUCCCUCCUUUAUUGAUGGCGAGUGCUGCCCCGUUUGUCUGCCUAAAGACAGCAAUGAUGGCUGGUCCCCCUGGUCAGAAUGGACAGAGUGCACAGUCACCUGCGGGAUAGGAACUCAACAAAGGGGUCGUUCUUGUGAUGCAACCAGCAACCCCUGUCCAGGACCUUCAAUACAGACGCGCAAGUGCAGCCUGGGAAAAUGUGACAGCCGGGUUCGUCAAGAUGGAGGCUGGAGUUUAUGGUCGCCGUGGUCAUCCUGCUCUGUCACCUGUGGAGAAGGACAGAUCACCAGGAUACGACACUGCAACGCUCCCGUGCCACAGCUGGGAGGAAAAGACUGUGAAGGAAGUGGGAGAGAGACUCAACGCUGCACUGCCAAGCCAUGUCCUGUCGAUGGUGGUUGGGGUCCUUGGUCUCCAUGGGCAGCCUGUUCAGCAACAUGUGGAGGUGGAAUCAAAAGUCGGACGCGUGAGUGCAACAGUCCUAAACCUCAAUAUGGCGGUAAUAAGUGCAUUGGGGAGGCCAAUGAUGAUGACAGCUGUAACGCACAAGACUGUCCUAUUGAUGGCUGCCUGUCCAACCCCUGCUUUGGUGGAGUGGAUUGCAUCAGCGCUCCUGAUGGAUCUUGGGAGUGUGGCCCCUGCCCUGCUGGAUUCCGUGGAAAUGGCACCCACUGUGAAGACAUUAAUGAGUGUGACAUGGUGUCAGACGUUUGCUACAAAGUGGGAGGGACUCACCGCUGCGUUAACACCAAUCCUGGUUUCCACUGCUUGCCAUGUCCCAAACGCUACAAGGGAACCCAGCCUUUCGGUAUGGGUGUGGAGGCAGCAAAGAAGAACAAACAGGUCUGUGAACCAGAGAACCCAUGCAAGGACAGGACCCACAGCUGUCACAAAUAUGCUGAAUGUAUCUACCUCAGCCACUUCAGUGAUCCCAUGUACAAGUGUGAGUGUCGGACUGGAUAUGCUGGAGAUGGAUUCAUUUGUGGAGAAGACUCAGACUUGGAUGGCUGGCCCAAUCAGAACCUUGUGUGUGGCGCCAAUGCUACCUAUCACUGCAAGAAGGAUAACUGCCCAAAUCUUCCCAACUCCGGACAAGAAGACUUUGACAAAGAUGGUCAAGGAGAUGCUUGUGACAAGGAUGAUGACAGUGAUGGAAUUUUGGAUGAGAGGGACAACUGCCCGCUCCUUUUCAAUCCUCGCCAGUUUGAUUUUGACAAGGACGAAGUCGGAGACCGCUGUGAUAACUGUCCUUAUGAACACAACCCUGCUCAGAUAGAUACCGACCACAACGGAGAAGGAGACGCCUGUGCAAUAGAUAUUGAUGGAGACGAUAUUCUGAAUGAGAGUGACAACUGCCCCUAUGUGUACAACACUGACCAGAAGGACACUGAUAUGGAUGGAGUUGGUGACCAGUGUGACAACUGUCCAAUGCUUCACAACCCUGACCAGAGUGACGCUGACAACGACCGGGUUGGUGAUCAGUGUGACAACAACCAGGACAUUGAUGAAGACGGCCAUCAGAACAAUCUGGACAACUGUCCCUAUGUUGCCAACGCCAACCAGGCUGACCACGACCAGGACGGCAAAGGAGACGCAUGUGACUAUGACGAUGAUAAUGAUGGUGUACCUGACGACAAGGACAACUGCAGGCUGACACCAAACGCAGACCAGCUGGACUCUGAUGGUGAUGGAAGAGGGGAUGCCUGCAAAGAUGACUUUGACAACGAUAAUAUCCCAGAUAUUCUCGACGUUUGUCCGGAAAACAGUGCCAUCAGUGUCACAGACUUCAGGAAGUUCCAGAUGGUCCAUUUGGACCCUAAGGGAACCACUCAAAUUGAUCCAAACUGGGUGGUCAGACACCAGGGUAAAGAGCUGGUUCAGACUGCCAACUCUGACCCAGGCAUUGCUGUUGGUUUUGAUGAGUUCAAUGCAGUGGAUUUCAGUGGGACGAUGUAUGUGAACACAGACAGAGAUGAUGACUAUGCAGGCUUUGUGUUCGGCUACCAGUCGAGUGGGCGCUUUUAUGUGGUGAUGUGGAAGCAGAUCACACAGACUUACUGGGAGGACAAACCCUCUAAGGCCUUCGGCAUCUCUGGGGUUUCACUUAAAGUCGUUAACUCAACCACUGGCACCGGAGAAAACCUCAGGAAUGCUUUGUGGCACACAGGCAACACUCCAGGACAGGUACGGACUCUGUGGCACGACCCUAAGAAUAUUGGAUGGAAGGAUUACACAGCCUACAGGUGGCAUCUCAUCCACAGACCAAAGACUGGUUUUAUAAGGGUUGUGGUCUAUGAAGGGAAACAGAUCAUGGCCGACUCGGGACCAAUUUACGACAAGACGUUUGCAGGAGGUCGGUUAGGCCUGUUUGUCUUCUCACAAGAGCUGGUGUUCUUCUCUGACCUCAAGUAUGAGUGCAGAGAUAAGCCGGAGUUGCCAACAGUGUUCAUCAGAUAACUGAAUCAAGUCCGAUAGAAAAACAUCAGAAGCCAAAAAACAAGAACUUUUCAAAGUAAACAUCACAUCAAAUUUAAUUCAGAGACGAUGGGACUUUCCAUGUUUGUCCAUGUUUCGCCUCGAUCUAUCCACCAGAGGAAACCACUUUCCUGUUUGACACAAACUGGGAAAGAAACUGAUGAGGUUGGAUGAAUUUUAAGAAAGCCUUAUGACAUGUUUACCUAUUUCUACAUUCUUAAGGAUCCAUUGUACAACCACUCACACGCUGUUUGAGCUUUCCUACAGUUUCCUACUUACUCAGUCAUUCUCCAUCUUUGGGAUCAUCAUGGCUUCUUCCUACAGCUGAUCAUAAUGUAUCUGUAACCAAAGCAUAACCAAGUCCGUAACUAUAUCUCCUUUUUUUUUUUAUCCUGAAGAUUUAUUUUGAACAGAGAACUUGAGUGAACAAUAUCAGUAAGCCAUUUUAGUCAGUGCCAAAGAUGUUUAUACUAAGUCUGUAUUAUAAUUCCUUUGUAAAUUAUUAAUGCUCUGCUUUUAUUGUUCGUUUGUUGUUUGUUUGCAUUUUUUGCAAGAGUUUGUAAAUAUUUAUUUAUUUGUUCACACUGACAAAGCGUAUAAUUGAGUAUCACAAACGACAACAUAACACAUUUCAGUAUCGCAAAUUAUUUUUCCAUGUUUUUAUGCACUGCUAUGCUUCUUAGUUUUCAUUUCAUAUAAACAGUAAGGCUUUGUAAAAGAGAAACAUUGGCUGUUUUUUAAGUUGUCAAAUACAAAAAUACAGCUUGUCAUAGAUGCCACAGUAAUUUGUCUCUUGUUGUAUGUGUAUAUUUAAAGCCACUGUGUUUAUUUUGUUGGCUUUCCAGACGAGGCUCCAUUGCCUCAAAGUUAAAUGUCACUUUGCUGCAUGGAGAAUAUCUUUCAAUGAUUGUGUUUUUUGUGUCCAAAGACAUUCAAAUGGGUCAAUCUAUGACUGGGCUUCUAGAUAAUCAAAAAAUAUCUAUUUUACAUUUACAUUCACCAGUCACUCUAUUAGGUAUACCUGUUUAGUAGCUCAGUUUGGCAGUGCCAAACAGAAAAUUGCCUAAAGUGAUUUUAUCAAUGCAAUGAGUAUGCUUUAUAUCAGAGUAAAGAUCUUAGAUGGAGCACGUUGUAGUCUUGGAAUGUUCUAAAAGAUGUUGGCGGUAGAUCAGCUGUUUCUGUAAUACUUAGACAAGUCCAUCUGACAUUAACCGCCACUGCACAUUCAGAGUCACUAAGCUCAUCUUUGUUUCCAAUUCUGAUGCUCAGUUUGAAGUUCAUAUCAUCUACAAGCCUAAAUUCACUGAUUGUUGCCAUGUGCCUGAUUGAUUCGUUAACAGGCAGUUGAACAGGUAUACAUAAUGAGGUGGCUGUUUUAAGUAAGUAAAAAAAACUUAACUGUAGUCUGAAUACAAGAGCUCUAUUGUAUCUUAUGCACCAAGAGACCCAUGGCAUCAAAGGAAAAGUCUUUAAGGUUUAAAGGUCAGCCUUUAUGUGGAUGGAGUCAUGAAGUCCAAAAACAUUUUAUACAAAUAUCUUUUUUAUGCAUAUUUUAGUCAUAAAUAUCACUUAUGGAUGUUGUAAAACUUUACAUGUCGAUAGAAAAAGGAAUCCAGAUGAAGGUCUCUGAGUGUGACUGCGUGUUUGUGUUGUGUGGAUCAAGGGAGUGUUCGUGUACAACUCAUUAGUCUGUAUAUCAUUUGUGUUCUUCUAUGUUUUGGUUUCCAUCUUGUUUACUUUGUUGAGAGUUUGCAAUGCACAAAAUGUAAAUGUUUUUGUAUACUUGUUUUGUUAGAUAUACAUUUUCUAAAAACAUUAGUGUAAGAUUGUUCUGUUUCAUAAAUAAAUAACUUGUACACCAA